AUGUCCCCUCGAUUACGCUCGAAACUAACGAUCCUUUUGAAGAUGGAUUUGCAGGAGCUGUUGACUGUGCAGUCUGAUGUGACGCGACUAAUUGAGAAACAAGUUGAUUUGCUUCAGAGACGCGUCAAUGACGAAGGUGCUAUGGAGCAAUGGAAAUUGCUGGGCCUUCUACCACAGACUGAUGAGGAUACUGUGAAUAACUCUCAACAUGGAGCUAAGGCUACAAUUGGCGAUGAUAGUGUUAACGAUUUAAAACAUCCUCUUGAGGGAAACGAAGACAGUGAAGAGUUUAUACUGACACAAUUCGAUACUGUAUCAAGCAAUCAUGCCGUUGAUGAGAAUUCAAACAGAGUACCGUUAAGGUCUUCAUCUCUGAAUGUAACGCCCAGAACUUCUCCAUUAAAGAAGAAUCAAAUUAAUUCUUCCAAGAAAACAAAAUCAAUACAUCAUUCUCACUUCAGGUCCUCCACGAGAGGAAUACUUUCUCCUGGUAAGAUUGGGAAACGUGUACCUAUUAAAGAAGAGAAUUCUUCUGACAAUAUCUUCUCAAGAGAGGAAAAUAGCAAUGACGAAGAAGUUGCGGAAAGCAUUGGCGAUAUCGAUAUCGAUGAUGAAUUGGCCAUUGAUCAUAAGUUUAAUAUCCCAAAUGAACCAGAAAUUAGUCGAAAAAGAAAACAUAAAUUUAGUACUAGCAGUAAGCAGGAAACAACUCCAUCAUUUUUAACAUAUGACAAAAAAAAGAUUCAACGAAUACCAUCAAUAGACUUUAAUAUCAAUCCAUUAUCUGAAAAACCAUGGAUAUUAGAAGACUUCCUCCCGAAUGAGGAUAAAACUAGCGUAAGGAGAGGCCGCCUUAAACUAGAGAAAUUUUAUGAACAAGUAGGUAAGCCAAUGGGGCUUGCAAAUAAUGAGCUUAAUGUACUAGAUGGCUACUAUGAAAAUAAAAAUUCUGUUGAUGAUCCAGAGUUGGCAUUCGAUAAUAUGCGACAAAGAUCAAAAUCUCCUCCAGGUUUUGGAAGAUUAGAUUUCCCAAGUACACAAGAAAGGAAUGAAGAUAAAAAGAAAUCUCAAGAAAUUAUCAAAAGAAAGACAAAAUAUCGAUUUUUAAUGGCAACUCGAAACAACAUUCCGGCUCAGGAAAGAGGCUUUCUUUUCAAGAAAGAUGAACUAAAUAGAAUUAUAGACAACGGGAACUUCACUUGGAGUGAUGCAGACUUGAAGAUUUAUGAAAGGAAACGCUGA